AUCUAUUUAUCUAUCCAUCCAAUAACGCAACCAUGUAUCUGUAUCUGAUACACAAGUUCAUGAACAUAGUGGCUCCUCCUACCACCCUUAUCACACUUAUCCUCUUCUUACCACCCUUUCUGGUUUUCAAGUGUUUCUUUUACAUUUUUAGAGCGAUUUUCAGUGAAAACGUGGCGGGCAAGGUUGUACUCAUAACCGGCGCUUCCUCAGGCAUCGGCGAGCAACUUGCAUACCAGUAUGCAAAGAGGGGAGCUCGCUUAUUACUGGUUGCUAGGAGGAAAAACUGUCUUCAAGAGGUUGCGGAGAAAGCUCGUGGGUUUGGCUCUCCCGAUGUUGUUGUGGUCCAAGCGGAUGUUUCCAAGGUCGACGAUUGUAAGCGAUUCGUUGAUGAAGCAAUCAGUCAUUUCGGCAGAAUGGAUCAUUUGGUGAGUAACGCUGGUAUCGCAUCGGUAUGUAUGUUUGAAGAUUCCAGUGAUAUUACCAAAUUUGCACCUAUUAUGGACACAAACUUUUGGGGAUCAGUAUAUACCGCGUAUUUCGCAGUUCCUCACCUGAGGAAGAGCAAAGGCAAGAUCAUAGUAAAUGCUUCUUCUGCUGGAUGGUUGCCCUUGCCUAGAAUGAGUGUUUAUAAUGCAAGCAAAGCGGCAGUGAUAAACUUCUAUGAGACACUGAGAGUAGAAUUGGGGCGAGAUAUCGGAAUAACGAUCGUGACACCAGGGUUUACAGAGUCGGAAAUGAUGCAGGGAAAGUUCCUAACGAAGGAAGGGGAAAUGCAGGUGGAUCAAGAGAUGAGAGAUGUUGAGGUUGGCACAUUCCCGGUGGAGAAGGCGGAGGGGUGUGCCAAGGCAAUCGUGAAGAGCGCGUGCAGGGGAGACCGCUACUUGACCCAACCGUUGUGGUUCAGGGUGAUGUUCGUGUGGAAAGUAGUAUGUCCCCAUGUGCUGGAAUGGUUCUAUCGCUUGCUCUACGUCACCCCCCCUGGAACUUCUCAGAGGGACGCACCUUCCAAGAAAAUCCUCCAUCACACAGCUGCCAACAACUUGCUCUACCCGUCUUCCAUACAAUCGCUUGAAACCAGGGCCGAUUGAUUGAUUAAAUUCCCAAGUUUCGAGCUAGGCUGCUGAUGAUGUUCGAGUUACUCAUGGCUCUUCAUUUGGACACUACUUAUAAUAUUAAUUAACUAGUCAGAUGUUAUAUAAACAUUACAUUGCUAAGCAAGCAAACUCUAUUAGGGGUACAAGAUCUUUAAUUAGAAGACAGAUAUGUACCCUUACCCUAUUUGUGGGUACUAAUAGCGGGUGCAAUGCAAGUACCCUAAUGAGCUAUUAAGGUCUAAUAGCACAACUUUUCUUCUUUCUUUUGUCAACAAAAUACUUUUCUUAAUUCAAUAUCAUUAUGCCUUAAAAAA